GAGGGGUGAUGGCUCGAGUUAGGCGUCCUCACUUGGGCUCGACAGAGCACGAAGUGGGGCAGGAGUCUGGGGGCCCUCGCCAAAGUUCUGGGGUCAUACGGAAGAAGGUUGGGUGUCACUAUAUCCAUUCAGCGGGAAGGCGCGGGACAGGAUGGCCCGCACUAUGGAACCAGUGGCAAAGAAGAUCUUUAAAGGAGUUUUAGUAGCUGAACUCUUGGGCGUUUUUGGAGCAUAUUUUUUAUUUAAUAAGAUGAACACAAGCCAAGAUUUCAGGCAAACGAUGAGCAAGAAAUUUCCCUUCAUCUUGGAAGUUUAUUACAAAUCCAUUGAAAAGUCCGGAAUGUAUGGAGUCAGAGAGCAAGAUCAAGAAAAGUGGUUGAAUAGCAAAAAUUAGGACCAGUCAUCGCGUUCAGCCUCCCAUCUAAGCUGUUUGUGACCUUUGUGGGGGAAAAGAAAGAUGAGCACACCACAUUGUGGACUCCUGGCCCCAUAGAGGAAGACAGAAACUUCUGGUCUGCCAUGGCUCACAGUCAUUUCCCAUCUAUUUUGCAAAUCCCUGCGUUUGUUUGUUGCUUUCCUUUGGCAUUUAUUGUUAAAGAUUACUGUUUAACAAAUAAAAGACUAGGAGAAGAAAGGAACAA